AAAUAAAGAAAAUAUUCAAAGAAACAAUGAAAUAACUGAUGAAAGUAAUGACGAAAUGAGUGAAGAAAGUAAUGAAAUGAACGACGAAGAAAGGAUUAAAGGUGAAAUUGAGAAACGAACAGAGAUUAAAAGAGUCAAACACGAAAUGAAGAAAAAAGCCAUCAAAAAAUUGAAUGAAAAAAAUGACAAAGAAAACUUAGAAUCAUUGAAAGGAUGA